GUUUCGCUAAAUUGUGAGUUGAGAAUAUAAACUUACUUAAUUAGGAAAUAGAGAAUCAUUGUUAAUCUAAAUGGCGGAUUGUGGAAGUAAUAUACGAGAGGAUGAUGAAGUUCCUGGGCGUGUCGAAGAAACUUUGUGUCAAAUGCGUGUCAAAGAAAUUAUGUGUCAACCAUGUUUAAGUAAGGAUAAGAAAAACGUGGCUGACAAGUUUUGUUCAACAUGCAACGAAUUCCAGUGUUAUGAUUGUUCAGAUGUGCAUAACGUGCUUGCAGUCUUUAAAAGUCAUAAAUUGCUAAACGCAAAUGUAGCUCAUUUAAUCAGAUGUGAUCAACAUCAAAAGGUUAUAGAUUUAUUCUGUGAAGCUGAGAAAAAGCUUUGUUGCAGUACUUGCGCCAUUGUUGAUCAUAGUAAAUGUCACAGUGUUGUUGAGGUUGAGAAACUUGCCGGGAAAAUGACGUCACCAAGUUCUAGUUUAGAAGAGAUAUUGCAGGAAGCUAAAGAAAAUGCUGAAAAUAUUGCAAGAGAUAUUAUCUCUUCAAAGGAUCAACUUGUUCAAGACGUUGAAGAAAUACAAGCGAUAAUUAGGGAAAUGCGAGAUGAAGUAGUGAAAAUGUUUGAAGAAUUGGAAGUUUCCAUUGUUAAGAGAGCUAAAACCCUCCAGAAAGAAAAAUUAGGUGACCUUGAAAAGAAGCAAUCACAAAACGAAAGGCACUUUGCUAAUGUUACAGCGUAUCUAGAAGCGAUUCAUAGCAUUUACAAAAGUGGAACUCCAACGCAGAAAUUUAUAGCAGAACAGAAGAUAGAAAAAGAUGCAAAUGUUAUAUGCAGAGAUGUCAAUGAGGAAUGUCAGAACUUCCAGACGAUGACCAUUUCAUUUGAUUUUGACGAACAAUUAAAUCUGCCACCGGAAUCUAUAAGUGACUUUGUUCCUGGGCAGCUCACAUUAAAAUAUCAUGAACUGGAAAAUGUGAAUGGUGUAAAUAAGGUGAAGAUAUUAACUCAAGUUUCUUCUUUUGAUUUAAAGAAGACGGACGAUGACAUCGAGGAACCAUUUAUUACAGGAUUAGACUUUCUACCCGAUGGUAGACUAGUUGCUGUGGAUAAUAACAAUAUGAAAUUGAUAGUUUACGAUGAGAAACUUGAGGUAUUAGGAUCAUAUCAAUUAUCUUAUGGGCCACUAGCCGUUGUUUCUGUAUCUGAGGAUGAAGUAGCGAUAACAAGUGGCGACAAAUAUAUGAUAGACCUUCUACGUGUUGGUAAAGCUAAUGAGAUAAGUUCAAGAAGAAAAUAUCGUGUAACAACGAAAUAUGAUUCUAUAUGUUUAAAGGAUAAUAGCCAAUUUGUUGUAGGGACUUUUGAUUACCAAAUACCCGUUGAAAUAAUAUCAUUGGCAGGAGAGCCAGAUGCUUUAAGUAUAAACUUUCCGAACAAGGCAUAUCAGGCAGACACGAGCGUUUGUACUUACAUACAGAACAUUAAUAAACUCGUGCUUACAGAUAUCUACAAGCAUACUAUCUAUAUAUAUGAUAUCAAGACAAACACGAGAGUAGUUGUGAAAGAUGAUCAUAUACAGACACCAUGUGGUGUAGCAGUUGGUCCCUCUGAUACUAUCCUGGUUUGUAGUUAUGGAACAGACUCCAUUGUACAGAUAUCACAAACAGGUCAGAUCUUGUCAUCACACAAGAUAGAUAUGAAAUAUCCGUAUAGAGUUUGUGUUUCACUUGAUAAAGCAUUUCUUGUUGUUACAAAUUCCUGUUCAGGAAACCCGAAAAUGCAGAAAUUUAAGAUGUCAUUUUAAUAACGCAAUAAUCAGUAUCUUAUAGUACAUACAUGAUUCACAAUAUAAGGUGAAAAUGAUGAUCGUUUCAGGAUGACCAAGACUGUGCAUACAUAUAUAGUCAUUGGAUAUGAGUCCCAUAUUAAAAUGUGACUUUUAUAACUACACUAACAUUCAAAACCAAUUUGUUGAUAAGUUAUACAAUCAAGAACAAUUGUAUGAAUCUUACAUCUAAUGAGUGAAACAGUUCAAUGAUGAUUAUUUCUAUUAUUUAUUUCAUUUUGAUACAUCGUACUUAACACUGAAAACAAACCAUUCAUUUGACAAUAAUCAAACUUCUAUGUAGCACUGCAAAUAUGACAAUUAACGCAUGAUCUGUGUCAAUAUUAUCUUAUUCACUUAUUCAGCUACAAGUGUUCGAAUAAUUGUGUAAUUGUGUGUUCAUCUGUAAAGUCAAUUGAUCAAUAUCAUUUCUGUUAGUUUCACCUGCUUCUUUCUAUAUGAAAUUGCUUUUUUGA